CAUAACGUCCCGCCAGCUGUUGGUGUUACGUUUGUUUGAAAUCAAACGGCAACCGUGGCAGCCGUUGGUUGCCGAGUGCACCCGAUUUCCCGCAAUUCCUGUCAUGCCCAACCGGCUUUAAAGAACGAACGGGCAUUAACGUUUCGUCGCGGCACGCGGAGAAACCGGGACGGGUAUAUACGCGCUUGCUCGCCAUUAUUCGUCGGCAAGAGCAAUUCUUUUUCAUUCUUGACCGGGUGUUCCGUCCCGGUUGCAGUGGAGUCUCGCGGGAUCUAGAGGCCAGGUUACGCACGACGUUGUCUCGAGUCCUUCCUUCCGUCCGUCAGUUGCGAGGAGUAAUCGUCGAAAGCUACGACGAUAAUGGCUACGAUCAGGAUACAUCAGGAGGAUCAGGAAAACCGCGUCGUCGCCGAUCUACGCGAUCGCGGCAAAGAAAACCUCGCCACCGUCACUGCCACCGCAGCUGCUGCCUGUGUCAGCACGCAGACACAAGUGCUACAUCAGACGAAGCGCGCCGUCCUCGGUGUCCUGCACAACAAUUGCCCACGGAACGGGACGAAGCCUCAGGAGAUCUACAAAGAUGAGAAAUAUAUCAAAGCCAAACCAUUUGUGCCCACGCAAUCCGAGUCUUUUAAAAUUUACGAGGAAGACUUUUAUAAGAAGGAGGAGCCCACCUUCAGGAUUUAUGAGGAUAAGUUGGAGGAAGAGACAUCUGUCGCACUUAGAACCUCAAAGGAGAAGAAAGACAUUAAAGCUGUGCAAGAAAUAACAGUAAAGGCUGUGGAUAGAGAACAGCCGAGAUUAGAAAUAUGUACCGCGGAUAGUACUUCUACUUAUGUAUAUCAUAGCAAGAUUGAAGAGACCUGUCAAAUUAAGCAGGAUGUCUUGUCGAAAGAUAGUCCUAUGUCCAUUGGAAUGUCAAUGGAGAAGUCACUCACAUAUAGCAGUUCUUCCAACGAGGAAUAUAGAACCAGAAGGGAAUGUAAUAAAGAAUUGAGAACCAAUUUCUUUGAUAUAGAUGAAUACAGGGCUGAUAUAUACAAUUAUUUACGAAUAUCAGAGACUCUACAUAGACCAAAGCCUGGUUAUAUGAAGAAACAACCUGAUAUUACAUAUUCAAUGAGAUCUAUAUUGAUAGAUUGGCUAGUAGAGGUAGCUGAGGAAUAUCGAUUGCAAGACGAAACGUUGUACUUGUCCAUCUCGUAUAUCGAUCGUUUUUUAUCGUACAUGAGCGUUGUAAGAUCGAAGUUACAACUCGUUGGGACUGCCGCUAUGUUUAUUGCAGCGAAAUACGAAGAGAUUUAUCCGCCCGAUGUAGGAGAAUUUGUAUAUAUCACAGAUGAUACGUAUUCAAAGACACAAGUGAUAAAAAUGGAAAAUUUGAUAUUGAGGGUUUUAUCGUUCGAUUUAACUGUACCGACGCAUUUCACAUUUCUCACGGAAUACUGUAUCAGCAACAAUUUGUCGGAUAAAGUCAGAUUUCUAGCAAUGUAUUUGUGCGAAUUAUCGAUGCUCGAAGGGGACCCAUAUUUACAAUAUUUGCCCAGUCAUUUAGCUGCAUCCGCGGUAGCACUAGCGCGACAUACAUUGCAGGAAGAGAUUUGGCCACACGAAUUGGAACUUUCAACUGGAUACGAUUUGAAGACUCUUAAAGAAUGUAUUGCAUACUUGAGCAGAACCUUCUCCAAUGCUCCUAACAUGCAGCAAACAGCAAUACAGGAGAAGUACAGAAACAGCAAGUACAGUCAUGUAUCUAUGCUGUUGCCUCGUAAUACCGAGGCGAUAUCGUGCGAGGAUGAAGAUGAAGAGGAAAGCGCCUAGUAAAGAAUAUUGUCAGACAAACACAGAUUAAAAUAACUUUUUUUCUGUGUUUGAAUUGGUAAUUAAAUAACGAACCUCCCAUAACAGUCCUAUGUAUAUUAAACAUGAAGGAGGGGAUCAGGACAAGACUGCUAUUCUAAAAUAGGCGUAAUGUUUAUUUCUUUCUGAUAGCUUGUUGCAGUGUCCGGUCAAUACAUUUUGCGAGAGCAAAAUUAUGUGACUUAUUUCUCCCACCUUCAUUGUCUUGCGUCAUCGCCUUUACGGCCUAUCGAAAAUUUUAGAGUUUUUUCAUUAUAUCAAUAUGAAGCUCUAAAGAAAGAAAGGGAGAGAAAGAUAUAAUACAUUAUCUAGAAAUUGUAUUUUUAUAAGUACUUUUUUAAAGAAUUGCUAAAACAACAAACGCUUUUGCCGCGAUACAUGCAAACGGCUAAAAAUUUGAUUGCAAAGUAAACCGCUCCAAAUAAUAAGAAAUGUAAGCAAAGCGAUUUUAUAGUUAUUAUCGUUUUACUAUAAGUGCACACAUACACAUGCACAUAUACCGAUUAACGAUAAAAACGACUUAUUUGAGA